UUUGUUUAUUUUAGACGUCGAAAAUCUUUACUCACCCACCCACUCACUUUCUCAAUCAUUUGGAAUUUGACUUCCGUUCCUCUCAUCUUCAUCUCCCAAGCAUCAUCAUCACUCUUUCAAUCUUCUUGCAAAAGGUUGGAUUACAAGAUCAGUUAACCAUGGAUUCUUAUGGAACUGACACGGUUAAGGACUUAGACCAAACUAGCGAGGAAGAGUAUGCAACACAGUCCAAGUUAAUCAAAGAGUUUAUUACUAUUCCCAGCAUUGACAAAGCUUGGAUCUUCAACUCUGGUUCUGGUCCUCAGGCUAUGGUUGCCAUGAGUCAAGCAAACCUUUUGGCUAAUAAGAGGAGGAAGUUUAUGUUAUCGGGACAUAUCUCAAAAGAGAGUAGUAACCUGUCUGUAAACUUUCACUGGGCGCCAUUUCCUGUAGAGAUGACCGGCGCAUCUGCUUUUGCCCCCUCUCCAUCGGGUCUGAAGCUCCUUGUAGUCCGGAAUCCUGAUGAUAAAGAAUCUCCUACAAAGUUUGAGAUAUGGAGUUCAUCUCAGCUAGAGAAGGAGUUUCAUAUUCCACAGAAAGUUCAUGGCUCUGUAUACGUUGAUGGAUGGUUUGAAGGAAUCUCUUGGAACUCAGAUGAGACUUGUGUUGCUUAUGUUGCUGAGGAACCAUCUCUUCCCAAACCUACAUUUGACCAUCUAGGCUAUUACACGAAAGACAAUGUUGGUUUGGACAAGGCUAUUGGAAGCUGGAAAGGUCAAGGAGAUUGGGAAGAGGAAUGGGGAGAAGCUUAUGCCGGAAAAAGGCAGCCUGCCCUGUUUGUUAUCAAUGUUGACAGCAGUGGAGAGGUCGAGCAUAUCAAAGGAGUUCCAAGAUCGAUAAGUGUUGGACAGGUUGUUUGGAGUCCAAGCAGUAAAGGCGUAGCUGAGUAUUUAGUUUUUGCCGGAUGGUUAGGAGAUAAAAGAAAGUUUGGUAUUAAGUACUGCUACAACAGACCAUGUUCCAUAUACGCAAUAAAGUUUAGAGAUGCUUCGUCUGGAUCGGAUGAGCCAAAAGAUGAUGCAAAGGAAGCAUUCCCUAUUCAUAAUUUGACCAAGAGCAUAAGCAGCGGUUUUUCCCCACUGUUCAGCAAAGAUGGCAAGUUUCUUCUGUUUUUAUCCGCAAAGACUGCUGUUGAUUCGGGGGCGCAUUGGGGAACCGAGUCACUUCAUAAGAUUAACUGGCCAAGUGAUGGGAAACUUUCUGAGUCAACUGAUAUUGUUGAUCUGAUUCCAGUUGUGAAUUGUCCUGAUGAUGGUUGUUUCCCUGGACUCUAUGUUACUGGCCUGCUGAGUGAUCCGUGGCUGUCAGAUGGACAUACUCUUAUGUUGUCUUCCUACUGGCACAGUUGUAGAGUAAUACUCAGCCUAAAUAUGCUAAGUGGUGAACUGUCACGUGCCAGCCCUAAUGAUUCAGAUUGUUCAUGGAGCGUUCUUGCGCUAGAUGGUGAUGAUAUUGUUGCCGUGUGUAGCAGUCCAGUGAGUGUUCCUGAAAUUAAAUAUGGAAAGAAAGUUGUUGAUCCAGCCGGGAGGCCUUCAUGGCAGUGGUUAGAUAUCCAAAACCCAAUAUUUAAAAGCUCUGAGAAGGUCACGUCUGGGCUUUCAUCUCUGGAGUUUAAAAUUCUCAAAGUUCCAAUCAGUAAUGUUUCUGAAUGUCUUACCAAAGGGGCCAAAAAACCAAUUGAAGCUAUAUAUGUAUCGUCUUCAAAGUCCAAGGAGAAUGGGAUAUGUGAUCCUUUAGCUGUUAUUGUCCAUGGAGGCCCUCAUUCGAUCGCACCUUGCAGCUUCUCCAAGACUUUGGCAUAUCUCUCCUCAAUUGGAUACAGUCUGCUGAUUGUAAAUUACAGGGGUUCGUUGGGGUUUGGGGAAGAUGCUUUGCAGUCUCUACCUGGAAAAGUUGGAUCACAAGACGUGAAUGAUGUGCUCUCGGCUGUAGACCACGCUGUUGAAAUGGGACUUGCAGACCCGUCUAGAAUAACCGUACUAGGUGGCUCUCAUGGUGGGUUUCUCACUACACACUUGAUUGGCCAGGCCCCGAAUAAAUUUGUGGCAGCAGCUGCAAGAAAUCCUGUAUGCAACCUUGCAUCAAUGGUUGGGAUUACGGAUAUACCUGAUUGGUGUUUCUUUGAAGCCUAUGGUGACCGGACUCGCUAUACAGAAGCCCCAUCACCUGAAGAUAUGUCUCGGUUUCAUCAAAUGUCUCCUAUAUCACACAUCUCAAAGGUGAAAACACCCACUUUGUUUCUCUUGGGAACUAUGGAUCUCCGUGUUCCCAUUUCAAACGGAAUUCAAUACGUGAGAGCCUUAAAGGAGAAAGGAAUUGAGGUUAAAGUGUUAGUCUUUCCCAAUGACAAUCAUCCCCUAGACAGACCGCAGACGGAUUAUGAAAGCUUUCUCAACAUUGCUGUAUGGUUCAACAAGUACUGCAAGCUGUGAACACCUCGUUUCUUUUCUAUUUUCUGAAUAUUGAGUUUAUUAACUGAAGUGAAAAUAAAAAGAACUUUUAGAUUAAAGAGACUUUGGUCCAGUGCGUUUAUAUAGCCUGGCUUUUC